AUGGACGUGCCGCCCAAAGGAAAUGUAUUAGGACGGGUCGUGCCGGCCCGGUACAUCCUCGCCGUCCUGGGCUCCAUCGGCAUGGCCAUCAUAUACGGGUUGAAGGUUAACCUGUCUGUCGCUAUGGUGGGUAUGCUGAACCACACGUCCAUAAGGCUGUCGGCCCAAGAGGACUUGCCCGAUCACAACAACAACACCUUGGUGUCUGGUGAGCCUGAAUGCGUUUCGACUAGCGGACAUAAUUCUACGGAGGCGGACGGGCCUUUCGAAUGGUCGUCGGAAAUCCAAGGUUUCGUCCUCAGUUGCUACUUCUGGGGAUAUUUUGUUUCACAAAUUCCGGGGGCCCGAGUCGCCGAGCUCUUCUCCGCCAAAUGGGUGAUGUUUUUCAGCGUCACGAUCAACGUUGUGUGCACUUUGUUGACACCGGUGAUGGCCGAGGCACACUACGUGGCGGUGAUGCUUAUGAGGGUGGGGGAGGGCGUUGGAGGGGGAGUUACGUUCCCUGCGAUGCACGUGCUGCUGUCGAAAUGGGCGCCGCCUGCCGAGCGCAGCGUAAUGGCGGCCCUCGUUUACGCGGGAACCUCACUGGGAACUGUCAUUUCGAUGCUAAUGGCGGGCGUACUUACUGCGACGCUGGGUUGGGAGAGCGUUUUCUACGUGAUGGGCGGCUUGUCGUGCGUUUGGUGCGUUGCGUGGGUGCUCCUGGUACAGGACUCCCCGCAGCAGCAGCCCCUCAUCAGCGCAGAGGAGCGCGAGAUGAUCGUCUCCUCGCUGGGUGGCCACGCCGACGACCACUCGCCUCACAAGGCUGUCACUGUACUUUUCGUGUACUUUGGCCCCUCCAGAAGUUGGCGGUGCCGUGGCGCGCGGUGCUCACCUCGGCCCGCAUUCCUGGCCAUCCUGGUGGCGCACGCCUGCUCCAACUGGGGCUGGUACAUGCUCCUCAUCGAACUGCCCUUCUACAUGAAGCAGGUGCUGAAGUUCAACAUGACCGAGAACGCCGUCACAACUUCCCUGCCGUUCCUGUCGCUCUGGUUCUUCAGUAUCGCCCUGAGCAGGACCCUGGACUGGAUGCGCGGGAAGGGCUACAUCACGACCACUACUGCUAGGAAGAUAGGCACAUUCUUCGCGUCGGCGGUGCCGGCUGUGUGCCUCCUCUCGCUGUGCUACGUGGGGUGCGCGCGGGGUGCCGCCGUCGCUUUGAUGGCCGUCGGGGUGACCAGCAUCGGCGGCAUGUUCUGCGGCUUCCUCUCCAACCACAUCGACAUCGCCCCCAACUUCGCCGGUACCCUCAUGGCUUUGACGAAUACCGUGGCGACUAUCCCCGGAAUGGUGGUGCCGAUUUUCGUCGGAGUCUUAACACAUGGAAAUCAAACCAUAUCGGCGUGGCGGGUGAUAUUCUUCGUGACGAUAGGGCUGUACAUAAUCGAGAUAGUCGUGUACACAAUGUUCGGCUCCGGCGAGCAGCAGCCCUGGAACGAGCCGCCGCGGCCGGAGCGGGACAGCGCCGAGAAGAAGCCGCUCAACGAGAGGACCGAGAAGACGCACGUG